GAAAGCCUGCAGCUGGGGGCCUGGUGCUCACAGAUGGGGCUGCGGAUCUGCCGGCCUGCCUGGGCACUGUCAGCACUGCCUGGGCACUGUCAGCACUGUGCAGUGUGAUGCCGAGGGGCUGCCGAGAGAGGAGAGAGUGUCAGGAGGGAUAACGAGCGCACUGCUGAGUGCAGGAUGAGUGACAGCAGAGGAGCAGAGAGUGGGGCACCGUCAGCCUGGGAUCUGUCACCUAGCGAAGGAGAAUAAGGUCGCACUGAGAAGCGCUUCACCAUGCCUGACUCACCUGCGGAUGUGAAAAUACAAUCCAGGUUGACUCCACCCACGAUGCCACCUCCUCCAUCCACGCAGGGAGCUCCGAGGACCAGCUCCUUUACCCCCACAACAUUAACUAAUGGCACGAGCCACUCUCCCACUGCGCUCAACGGCGCCCCAUCUCCGCCCAACGGCUUCAGCAACAGCCCUUCCUCAUCCUCUUCAUCAUCUCUGGCCAACCAGCAGCUGCCGCCAGCCUGCGGCGCCAGGCAGCUCAGCAAACUCAAGCGAUUCCUGACCACCCUGCAGCAGUUUGGCAACGACAUUUCCCCCGAGAUCGGAGAGCGGGUCCGCACUCUGGUGCUGGGCCUCGUGAAUUCUACCCUGACGAUAGAGGAGUUCCACUCCAAACUGCAGGAGGCCACAAACUUUCCACUGCGACCUUUCGUCAUCCCGUUCCUGAAGGCCAACUUGCCCCUCCUGCAGAGGGAGCUGUUGCACUGUGCCCGGCUGGCAAAACAGAAUCCAGCCCAGUAUCUGGCCCAACAUGAGCAGCUUCUCCUGGACACCAGUACCACUUCGCCUGUCGACUCGUCUGAGCUGCUGCUGGAUGUUAAUGAGAACGGCAAGAGGAGGACGCCGGACAGAACCAAAGAGAAUGGCUUUGACCGUGAGCCCCUGCACCCAGAGCAUCCAACCAAGAGACCCUGUACCGUUAGCCCCGGGCAGCGCUACAGCCCUAGUAACGGGCUGCCCUACCCGCCCAAUGGGCUGGCCCACCCCACGCCACCAGCACCACAGCACUACCGGCUGGACGACAUGGCCCUGGCACACCACUACAGAGACUCCUACAGGCACAGCAGCCCCCGCGACCUCAGAGAGCGUGCCAGGCCCCUGGCAGGGAUGCACAGCACUCGGCAGCACGAGGAAGUGGUGGACCACAGACUGACGGACAGGGAAUGGGCCGAGGAAUGGAAGCACCUAGACCAUGUAAGAAAACUUCUGAACUGCAUUAUGGACAUGGUGGAGAAGACACGCCGCUCGCUCACUGUGUUGCGCCGCUGCCAGGAGGCCGACCGCGAGGAGCUCAACUACUGGAUCCGGCGUUACAGCGACGCGGAGGAGCUGAAGAAAGGCAGCGGCAGCCAGUCCCGGCAGCAGAGCCCAGCCAGCCAAGAGAGCUCCACUCCAGAACUUCACAGGGAGCUCCUUCACAGACCAGUGUCAGGAUACGUGCCUGAAGAGAUCUGGAAAAAAGCUGAGGAAGCUGUGAACGAGGUGAAGCGGCAGGCCAUGACGGAGCUGCAGAAGGCCGUAUCGGAGGCGGAGCGCAAGGCCCAUGAGAUGAUCGGCACGGAGCGGGCCAAGAUGGAGCGCACGGUGGCGGAGGCCAAGCGGCAGGCAGCCGAAGAUGCACUUUCAGCCAUCAACCAGCAGGAGGACUCCAGCGAGAGCUGCUGGAACUGCGGGCGCAAGGCCAGCGAGACGUGCAGCGGCUGCAACACGGCGCGCUACUGCGGCUCUUUCUGCCAGCACAAGGACUGGGAGAAACACCACCACGUAUGCGGGCAGACUUUACAGGCCCAGUCGCAGGGGGACGCAGCCUCGGCCACGCCCAGCAGCAGCGCGGGCAGCCCGGGGGAGACCCCGACGACCGCCACGCCACGAUCCGCCACGCCACGAUCCGCCACGCCGGGGACGCCCUCCGCCACAGAAGCCACCGCGCGCUGAAAGAUAGCCGACAGAACUGUUUGAUCAAAGGCGAAAGUAGCACUACAAGCAGAGACUGGUGCAGUACGAGCAGGAGACCUGGAACAUGUCAUAUUGACUUGUUCUGAUUAAGAAUACAAAGAUAUUCUUUGUUUUUAUUAUUGCCAUUAUUGUUACACUCGAUGUCAUUGUUGUCGUCGUUGCUGUCGUUGCUGUUAUUAUUGUUGUUGUUUUAACGCUUGUAAAUACAAAAGAAGAUACCAGAGAAUUGCAAAUGACCUCCCCCCGCCCCGUUCCAGUAGCUGAGAUGUGAAACUAGUUGACCUCAAAAAUAUACGCUUUACUGAACAGCAAAUCAAGGGAUUAUUAAUUGCUGUUGAAAGCAAGACUGCUAGUAUUUCAUGUGAUUAAAAAGACACGUCUGAUUCGGGUGUGGAAUGAAGUGCAGAGGAAGAAGCGCAGGACUGCCGGACGGGGUGAGAAGAUUAACAGUCUGAGAGAGAAAAGACGAGAGCGACAGCACUAGCAAACGCAUCGCGUUCUGCAUCCUACUUCGUCCUCCGCGUCCAUCUGUGAAGUGAUGCAGUGGAACAUCUGCCAGCCACACGCCCCUUUCUGACCCCAUGCAGGUGAGAGCCUGACACCUUGCCGAAGCUUUGCACCUGGUGAAGGUAAAGUGCUGAAGAUGGACGCAGUUCAGCCUCCCCCAGCCAGGGGCGCCCUUCGUUUUUUUCUGUUCUCGGUGUGUUGAAUAAAAGAACACCGUUCUCCCAUGCGGUUCCCACUAGUGCUGUAGUGUAUGUGUGCUGGACAGUCGUGAAGAUGCUAGUAGCUUAAUUCCUCCCCACACUUUAGCUUCCUUAUUCCUAGUCUUAAUCUCUGCGGGCUGCUUUUAUAUCUGUUUGUAUAAGUGAUAGUUCUCCCGUAGUUCAAAAAGAAGGAAGAAAAACGUCUUUGUUGUACUGAAGAAAAGGCAGGAUCUGUCUUUGCGAGCUGCUACGGCCCGGCACUCCACGUGUCCCCGAGGACCGGCAUGUUACAUGGAAUGCGAUCAUACGUGUUUGGUACAUAAAUGUAUUUGCACUGUCUCUAAGCUAUCUGAGCAUGCUUCUUUCAGUAUAGAGCCAUUUCUCGCUGGUUUUACCUGUAGGUGUUACUGUACCUGUGAUUUUUGUUCUGUUAAAAAAGGGAAGAACAACCCCAUUUUUGGUAAUGGAUGUUUUCUGAAGGUGAUACAUUAUGAUUUUAAUUUUUUUUUCUUUUUUUUUUUUUAACGAAGGACAGUGCAUGGACAUUGCUAAACGUUUCUUAAAUGUUGUUUUUUUUUUUUAAAUAAAUGCAUAAACUUAAAAAAAAAAAGCUAAGAAACUAAGGUUCCAAAUGCAGAGGU